AUGAAAGACAAAUACACCAUUCCUCUCGUCUACCUAACGUCGUUCGUUUUCCUCUUCGGCGAGACCCUGCAACCCGCGCCCCGCGUCGCCAUCUACGAAUCCAUCGUCUGCCAGCACUACUAUGCAUCGCGGGGCCCGCACGACUGCAAGAUUGCGCCGGUGCAGCAGGAACUUGCGUUCCUAGCCGGUAUUGAGCGGCUCUCCGUCAUCAUCCCGAGUAUCCUGGCAAUCCCGUUCGCAGCGCUGGCAGACCGUUAUGGACACUCCCUGAUCCUUGCCAUUGCGGUGCUUGGCAUCUUCUUGGAAGACGCCUGGCCGUUCUUGGUCUGCUGGUUUCCGGAUGUGUUUCCCAUCCGCCUUAUCUGGCUGCAUUUUCUAUUUGGUCUUGUCGGUGGUGGAUUUACGGUGGUGGUUACGCUGCUGCAUGUCAUUAUUGCGGAUGUUGUCAGCGCAGAAGAGAGGACGAACAUGUUCUUUCGUGCGAGAGCGGCAGGCGUCGCGGCGAGUAUCUUGGGGUAUGCUGCUAGUGGCUUCAUGAUGAGAGUCAGUGCCUUUUUGCCAUGGGCUGUUGGACUGGUUUGUCUUCUGAUGAGUACUAUUACGGCGCUGUCGAUACCCAAGAUGACGGUGCAGGACCAUGAUGUUUCUCUCGAGGCCAGUAAACCGGCAGAGGGCUGGGGUGUUUCAUCUUUGGCCAGGGCCUUGAGAAGCAUUGCCCAGCUGCUCGUCGGGAACCAGCAGGUGCUGGCAAUGUUGAUACUGGUCUUCUUCUGCCAGCUGGGCUAUGACUCUGUGCCCCUGAUGUUGGCCAUCUACAUAUCGAAACGCUUCGGCUGGGAGUUCUCAGACGCUAGCUUUCUGAGCUCCCUCGAGAUGGGCAUCGAGUUCCUAGCGUUGGUAGUGCUGCUGCCAGCGCUCACUUCGGGCUUACCUUUGGGAUUCCAGCGACUCUCAACCUUUGCGAAGGAUAAAACUUUCGCACAGGCAAGUCUCGUUGCACUCGCAGUAGGCACUUUUUGCCUGGGCUUCGCUCCAGUGGUGGCCAUUGCUGUCAUUGGCAUCGUAACCCUUGCCCUAGGAACCGGACAGGACUCGCUGACGCGCUCCAUGGCGACUGAUAUGGUCCAUGUGAGCGAUCUUAGCACUAUGUACUCCGCGAUAACCAUGUUGCGAGCGAUAGGUGGCUCAAUCAGCGGGCCGAUCUAUGCCUGGCUGUACACUGCAGCGCUGAGAAAAGACGUUGAAGCUUGGCUGGGGCUGCCGUAUUUCGUUUCUGCGGCGUUAUUCGUGGUGGCCCUGGGAUUGCUGAUGGCUGUGAAGGACCCAGCAAGAGAUGAAGUCGAGACAAGUAACGACGCAGAUUGUGAACCACUGCUUGGUUGA